GCCAUGGCGCGGUGUACAUUUAACGGGAUGAAAAAGUGGCUUUGGUGUGUUUUACUGCUGUUAAUUUUAAUAAUUUUAUGCAAGAAGGAAAAUGAGCUUGUACAGCGAGGCAGGGAAGAUUUAGAAACGAAAAAGUAUUAUGUGAAGACACCCAAUUGUCGUAUCCCAUAUGUGAAUCCAUUUAGUCCCGAGAUUAUGAAGUACUACAAACCGCUGAAGUUCAUCCCCUGCACCAAUGAAAGUGAUUUAAUCCGUGUGCAAUUUGACAAGUAUUUGCAUCAAUAUGUGCUGCACAUCAAUGAGCAUGUGAUCCAUGGUUUGCUGCAGUUGAAUAACACCCCCUACACGUGUUUCUAUCAGCAAAUUAUACACGGUGAGAAAGCGGAUGAUUACGACAGCAUUGGGGAUCGAAUCUAUUUUGGUCAGGAUUAUGUGGUGCCAGUGUCUGUGGAGGGUAUGCUGGUUGAGUGUCGAGCAUCAAGCCCCCCAAGAGUGCUGCAAAAGGAUGCCUUUGUGUUGGUGCAGCAUCAGAAGCAACCGCCAGUGGCGCCCCAGGAGCAUCCACGAAAGCCCAGCGUCAUCAUGUAUGGACUUGAUAGCGUUUCACGCACAAAUCUCCGCCGCACCAUGCCUCUGGUCUAUGAGUUCCUGCAGUCACCAGGAUGGUAUGAAAUGCAGGGUUACACCAAGGUGGGCGACAAUUCCUUUCCCAAUUUGUUUGCCAUUCUGACGGGCUACUUCCCAGAUACGGCCAAGGCGCACAUUUGCGAUACGGACAUCAAGGGCUGUCUGGACAAGAUACCCUUUAUAUGGAAGGAUCUGAAGCGUGCUGGCUACUUGACAGCCUUUGCUGAGGAUGAGAAUGAGUCCAACACGUUUACGUACAUGAAGCCGGGAUUUACGGUGAAGCCCGUGGACUAUUACUUUCGUCCAUUUGUGGUGGCCCUGGAGAAUCGCACGGAGAUCCUGCGGUGUCCUGGCUGUUGCAUGAAGUACUGUCUGGGUCGUCGUUUGGCCAAUAGUUACAUCUUCGACUACUGCCGGCAGUUUAUGCAGCGCUUUGUGGCCGAUCGACCCAUUUGGGGCAUGUUUUGGUCGAAUCAUUUCAGCCAUGAUGAUUCCUUUAUGCCCUCUUCAAUGCAGCACAAGAUCCUGCAGGAUCUGCUGAACUUUGAGCGUGACGGAGCCUUCGAGCACACAAUUAUGAUAUUCUUUUCGGAUCACGGAGCACGAUUUGGGCCGCUGCAGAAGGCGCCGGAUUCUUUUCUGGAGGAGACACUGCCCAUGAUGUUUAUUCAUCUGCCGCCCUGGUUUCGGCGCAAGUAUUCCCAGCAUGCUGAAGCCCUGGCCCUGAAUCAGCAUCGUCUGAGCUCCAACUUUGAUGUGUACAAUACGCUGAGGCAUGUCCUGGACAUGGAGCAGGAGUCGGCAGUGUCCAAUGCCUAUGACUGUCCCACCUGUCAGUCGUUGCUGAUGCCAAUACCCGAGGAUCGGAGUUGCGCUCAAGCGGGCAUCGAGGAAACCUACUGCACCUGCAAUGCCUAUCGGGAGGUAAAAGGCGAGUGGACCCGUCGCAUUGCCCAUAAAGUGAUACAUCGAAUCAACGAAUAUCUCUGGCAGAGAAAACUGAAUGAAAUGUGCAGCAAUCUGACACUGAAAUACGUCACCAGAACGGAGAAAAAGGACAGCCCCAUGGGCGACACCCCAAUGGUUUAUUAUCGCGUAAAGUUUAUGGUAAAUGAAAAUGAUGCCGAAUUCUUUGGCACCACAUUGUUCAACAAUGCCACCGAAGCGCUGGAGAUCAAUGUGGAGCGCAUAAGUCGGAUAAACACAUACAAAACGGAUUCCAAAUGCAUGCACGAUAAAAUCAAAAAAUUAUAUUGCAUAUGCCUGAGCGAGUUGAGGAUAUAAUAAGGCAGAUAAUAUAUUCCAUAUAGCAUUAUUGUUGUACCGUGUUCAUACGCAUAGUUUUUAGUUUCUAAGUUUGCAUUCACAAUUAAAUUUCCCUACCCCAAGCCGAA